GAGAACGAUUAUGACAGUGGUGAGUCCACUGAUGUGGAUCUUUCGCUUCCAAAGUCCUCCAACAAAUCCAAAUUGGGUUCCAAAAUGGCCAAAGAAGUAUUGUCGUCCAAAACCGCAGACUACAGGCCUCCAGUGCUAGGAACCUGGGUGGCUAUCGACAGCAAACCGUUUGGAAUUAUCGACGGAUUAUCUACCCGAACAUUGAAUUCCAAGCAACUCGAACCACGGUCAAAACCCAAGAAAUUGCCGGGGGUAUCGGUUGCAAAUGCUGGCACUGGAACCACUUCAGACCUGGCCCUCGGCUUGGACGAGUUGUUAAACAUCAGCGAGUUGGAUGACGACGACGAGAAUGAUGUACGGAUUUGGAGAGACUUCAACAACCAAAAGAAUCUGGUGCCAUUGGGAGCGUUCCGUAACAAAUCGGUGUUGCAGAACUCGAUUAUUCAUGCCGAAAACGUCACCUCCCACUACAACCACACCAGCAAAUCGAACAACGACUUCAACAAGAGGAGACGAAACUCCUCCACUUCUUCUUAUGGUUCUGGAACUAUCAAGAAGGAAAACUCCAAGCUCAAGCGUAGAAAGGCGUCGAUUGUGGAAGCGGUUUCUGAGGGAUUCCGGCCCACCAAAUCAGGGCUUUUCAGCGAGCAUGCUUUGGCAGACGUCGAAGAGGUUUUGGGUGACGAUAAUGAAUUGAUGGCUUUAAUUAAGGGUUUAUAG